AUGACCUCAGCCCAUUCCGAUCCUGCCACGGCCCAGCCACCACCCGCCGCCGACAUACUCGAUGAUAUCUUCGGUUCUUCGCCACCACCCUCUUCCUCGAUCGAACGCGACAACGACCCAGACGCAGAAGCAACAGCACCGGCCGCAGCCGCAGAACCCUCCGACCUCCCGUCGCUCCGCCGCCAGCAUGUGACAACGGGGUAUCGUGAUGGGAUCUCACUGUCGAAAGGCGAACAUGUGCAGGAUGGGUUUGACGCGGGUUUUCCCGUGGGUGCACAAUUAGGUAUGCGCGCGGGAACUGUCCUCGGGAUAUUAGAGGGUGUGUUGCGUGGGUAUGAAAGUAAAGUCGGUGGUGGGGCUGUGAAGAAACUUCCGUCUACUACUCGUGGGGGUAGAUCUACGGACCGCGCACAGGGACAGGUACAAGGACAAGGAAAAGUAGAAUUAGAGGUUGAGAUCCUACGUCGCGAACAACGAGAAAAGCUAUUGAAGAUCUACCAGCGCACUCUGAAGGAGUUGGAAGUGCAGGCUGUUUUCAAUGGGUUGGAGGAUACGGGUGACAAGGAUCAGGAAAAAGCCGAGAUACAGCUGGGAAGGAAGGGCGACCGGGUUGUUUCGUCAUGGGAGGGGAAAGUUAAGGUGGCGGAGUGGGAGAGGAACAUGGAAGCUUUGGAGAUGAAAAAGGAGGAGGCGACGGCGGCGACGGCGACGGCGACACCCGAUGAUGAGGGUGAACAGAGUUGA